CGUCCACACAGCAGCAGGUGUCAAUAAUGAAGCUUCUGCCAUUGUUUGGCGUCUUUUUUCAUCAAAACCAGCAUCUUCUACGCUCUCAAUGGCGGCACAAGAGCUUUUCAUUUCGCUACGUUGUCGUCGCUUUUCAAUGGACUGUUGGUAGAGGACUCACCUGCUGGCGUUCAAAUGAGCGCCGUUCCCUCUUCAUUAACGGGAAGUAUAAAGCAACAUGGCCGACGAGGACUCUGAGGUUUAUGUUACAUUUCCACAUUUAAAGGAGCUGGAAGGUAAAGUUGGCAGGAAAACACCUGAAAGUCUUCUGCUUUGGAUGAGGGAGGAUGUGGACUCGGACGUCGGCCAGACAGAGGACCGCCAUCCUCCUGAUGAUCUUUCCUCCAAAUUGAGCCACUUAAAGCAAGAAAUGAGGUGGUUGCGUUCCGCGGAUGUGAGGAUCCUGCGCCAGCUGGUGUCCGUGCACGAGGGCAUCGAGGCCAUGCGCUGGUUGAUGCUGGAGCGCGCCACCUUGGCCAGCUGUGACAGCAGUUUGACGGGAAGUGUGAGCAGCCUGGUGACGGCGGAGGAGCAUGGACCUUCCAUAUCUCCAUGCAGGGACAUUCCAAGGUCAACCUACCCUGAAAAUCCGCCUGGAAGCUUUAACGGGGAAUCAUCAGAUGGCGCUUUACACGCCGCCGCCGAUCAUUCAGACCGGAGGAGCGCUGAAGAAAGUCCGAGCAAUUUCUCAGACUCGCAGAGUCUGCGCUCUGACACUCUCCCAUCACUUGGCAUAAAAACAUGUGCCGAUACCAUCGGCGGCGUUUUACUUGAAUGCACGACUACACCGAGAGACGCACGAGCUGAUGACACAACAGAAGAGGAUGAGAAGAUGGCUACUCUGUUCGGUUAUGAUGCUCAGUGGUGCUGGGUAGAGUCACGAGAUGAUGUGACAUAUUUAUGAUUCAAUGUGUCUUACCACAACUAUGCAGAUCAGUGGUCCCCAACCACCGGUCCGGGGACCGGUACCGGUCCAUGACGUAUUUGCUACCGGGCCGCAGAGAAACAUGAAUUGAUUUAUAAACUAACACAUUUUCUCCAACUUAACUUCCGUCUGUCCCACUAAACACAGCAAUAAGCUUGUGUAUAGAUGUAUAUUACAACUCCUGACAGGAAGUCGCCAUUUGUUAUAGUACAUUAAUGAACAUAUACAAUUUUAAUGUGUCAGGUUGUAGCCUUUAAUAGUUUUAAUUUUCAUCUGCAGGGUCAUUGUGUGGGGUGGCGUGGCCUGCGGACCUGCAGCAAAGCGGGGUGUGCCAGGACCGGCUUCGAGAUCAGCGACAGGUGCGUAGGUGACACGGCUGAGCGUGUUUGUCUGAUCACCUGUCGCUCUGUUAAAGGCAGCGGUCGGAAAGG